GCCCGCCGCCGCCCCUCCCCGUUAAACAGCGGUCCCGGCGCGGAGCAGCUCGCCGUCCUGCCCUGCCUUUUACCCUCCUCUCCCUUCCCGUCCCCUCCUUUGCCCGGCCCGGCCCUGGCCGCCAUGGGGUGGGAUGGCGGCGCUGCCCUGCUGCUGCUGCCCCUCGCCCUGCAGCUGUGCCCGGGCCGCGCCGCGCCGCCCGCCCCCCGAGUUAUUGAUCUUCUUUCAUAUUCCAACAAGAGAGUGGUAACAAACUUCCUGCAACAAGCACUUGGCGAUCCUACGCUGAAUGAAGUGUUCUUGCUCUCAACAUUCAAACUGCAGCCAAAGAGCACAGCCACCAUAUUUGGCCUGUAUUCAUCAACUGGAAACAGCAAGUAUUUUGAGUUUACAGUAGUGGGACGGAUGAAUAAAGUGGUACUUCGCUAUCUGAAGAGUGAUGGGAGGUUGAACUCAGUGAUUUUUAGCAACAUCCAGCUGGCUGAUGGGAAACCCCAUGCUGUCAUCUUGUGGCUGAGUGGUCUGCAGCAGGAAUCAAGCACAAUAGAGUUGUAUCUGGACUGUCUGCAAGUAGGUGCCAUUCAGGACCUGCCAAAAGCAUUUUCAACUCUGCCUGAGAGGUCAGCAGCAGUAGAAUUGCACAUCUUCCAGAAGAAGCCACAGGAUACACUGGAUGAGCUGAAGCUGGUAACCGGAGGAACGCUUGCCCAAGUGGGGAACCUGCAGGACUGUUUUCUUCAGCAAAUUGAACCUGCUUCUCAGUACAAUGGAGAUUUUAAUAGGCAGCUAAUGAGCCAGAUGAUGCAGAUGAACCAGAUACUGGGUGAUGUGAAAGACCUUCUGAGACAACAGGUCAAAGAAACGACUUUUUUGAGAAAUACCCUAGCUGAGUGCCAGGCAUGUGGUUUGGGAACUGUGAAUUUUCCAACUCCAAUCCCUAGGCGCAGCAAACCCAAAUGUGAACCAAGUUCCUGCUUCAGGGGAGUCAGGUGCAUGGAGACAGCUGAGGGAUUUCAGUGUGGCCCCUGCCCUGAAGGGCUCACAGGGAAUGGAGUGACAUGUUCAGAUAUUGAUGAGUGCCGUUACAGCCCUUGCUUCCCUGGAGUGCGUUGUGUGAACACUGUUCCAGGUUUCCGGUGUGAGACCUGUCCCCCAGGAUAUACAGGACAAACUGUGCAAGGCGUGGGACUCAGCUAUGCCAAGAGCAAUAAGCAGAUCUGCUUAGAUAUUGAUGAAUGUCAGAAUGGCGGGCAUGGACUCUGUGUUCCAAAUUCCCAUUGUAUUAACACUUUGGGUUCUUAUCACUGUGGCCAGUGCAAAUCAGGAUACACAGGAGACCAAGUCAGGGGAUGCCAGGCUGAGAGAAGCUGCAGAAGUCGAGCCCUCAAUCCAUGCAGUGUCCAUGCCCGGUGCAUUGAGGAACGGAGAGGGGAAGUGACAUGCAUUUGUGGCAUUGGCUGGGCUGGUGAUGGUUAUAUUUGUGGAAAAGAUGUUGACAUUGAUGGCUACCCAAACGAAGAGCUCCCUUGCCCUGCUGAAAGCUGCAGAAAGGACAACUGCAAAUUUGUCCCGAACUCUGGGCAGGAAGAUGCUGAUGGUGAUGGGGUUGGAGAUGCCUGUGAUGAAGAUGCAGAUGGAGAUGGCAUUCCCAAUGACCAGGAUAACUGUGUCUUGACUCCCAAUGUUAACCAGAGAAAUAGUGACCAAGAUAUCUUUGGAGAUGCUUGUGACAACUGCCGCAAUGUCCUGAAUAAUGACCAGAGGGACACAGAUGGUGAUGGGAAAGGAGAUGCUUGUGAUGAUGACAUGGAUGGCGAUGGUAUUAAGAACCUUUUGGAUAAUUGUCAGAGGAUUCCCAACCAAGACCAGGAGGACAAGGAUAAUGACGGUGUUGGUGAUGCCUGUGACAGCUGCCCUACAGUCAGCAACCCAAACCAGUCUGAUAUCGACAAUGACCUGGUUGGAGAUUCGUGUGAUACCAAUCAGGACAGCGAUGGUGACGGGCACCAGGACAGCACAGACAACUGCCCCACCAUCAUUAACAGCUCCCAGCUGGACACCGAUAAGGAUGGGCUGGGUGACGAGUGUGAUGAGGAUGAUGAUAACGAUGGCAUUCCUGACCUCCUGCCCCCUGGCCCUGACAACUGCAGGCUGGUCCCCAACCCAGGGCAGGAAGAUGACAAUGGUGAUGGAGUUGGGGAUAUCUGCGAGUCUGAUUUUGACCAGGAUACAGUAAUUGAUCGGAUCGACGUCUGCCCUGAGAACGCGGAGAUCACCUUGACAGACUUUAGAGCCUACCAGACAGUAGUGCUGGACCCGGAGGGAGAUGCGCAGAUUGAUCCCAACUGGGUGGUUCUGAACCAGGGCAUGGAAAUCGUGCAGACCAUGAACAGUGAUCCUGGCCUUGCUGUUGGUUACACAGCUUUUAAUGGUGUCGACUUCGAGGGCACUUUCCACGUGAACACAGUGACAGACGAUGACUACGCUGGUUUUAUUUUUGGCUAUCAAGACAGCUCUAGCUUUUACGUGGUAAUGUGGAAACAGACGGAGCAGACGUACUGGCAGGCGACUCCCUUCAGAGCUGUGGCAGAGCCUGGCAUUCAGCUAAAGGCUGUGAAAUCAAAGACAGGCCCUGGUGAGCACCUCCGCAACUCCCUCUGGCACACGGGGGACACCAGUGACCAGGUCAGACUGCUGUGGAAGGACCCCCGGAACGUAGGGUGGAAGGACAAAGUCUCCUACCGCUGGUUCUUGCAGCACAGACCCCAGAUUGGAUAUAUCAGGGCAAGAUUUUACGAAGGCUCUGACCUAGUGGCAGACUCUGGUGUCACUAUAGACACCACGAUGCGUGGAGGACGGCUUGGAGUUUUCUGCUUCUCUCAGGAAAACAUCAUCUGGUCCAACCUGAAAUACCGCUGUAAUGUUUUUCGCAGCUGUGAAACGCCUCCCCUGACACCAGCAACGCACUGCAGCCCAGCCAGACGGGAACUAACACCCCACCACUGCUCCUCCCAGAGCAGUCACUGCUGCAGAGAUUGUGCCAACUAAGUAGUACAGCUGUCAUCGGAGAAUUAAAUUGUUAUUUAAAACCAACCAACCGUGAGGGUUGUACAUGCACAAUAUACUGAGGUCAUCAUAUAUGGAAGAUGCCUUAAGCUCCAAAUGCAAGGUGAAGCAAAUCUGGAGAUUCUCUGGGAUCAGUCAGCAGACCUCAGCAUCGCAUGUGUUAGGGGCUGGUUGCUCCUGUCUGGGGGUGGAGAAGAUGCUAAGAUGGCCUUCCUCCUGGGGCUCUGGGGAGCGCACUAUCUGUCCACUUAGAGAGAGAUCCCCCAAGCUGGCAUAGUUCCUUUGCUCUCUGUGGAUCCCAGAAGCCCAGUCUGGAUCUGCGUUGGACACAGCACAGACAGGCCCUAGAUCUGCAGCUUGUGCUGGGGAUGGACCUUGGUUCUCAAGCACUCCAUGCUCCUAGGUUGCUGCAUGCAGAAACAGGGGGACAGUGAAAGAGGAACCUCUAGACAGAUUGUGGUUCUUACAACUAAAGAUUACUUGAUAAGAGUCUCAAGCAGUAUGUGGUUUCCCAGAAAGCACAUUUCAAAGCUGCCACUGAAGUUGCAGAUACUUUUCCUGGCAGUGAGCAAGCAGUGGCUUUGCUGCAGGCGCCACAGUGAUUCAAUGAAACCACUCAGGGAAGCCUCUGGAGUUCCCAAGCAUCGUUGCAUUUUUUGGAUAAGUUCUUAUAGUUGCAUAAAAAGAUUGGAAAGAAUUGAGCCUCAAACAAAGAAGUUACCAAACCAACAGCUGAAAAAAACAGAGGAUUUGUCACUUUUUUCCUAAACAUUGUGUUUAUUUCCUUUUUUUAAAGUUUAGAGUCCUGCUCUAUGUCAGGGUGGAAAUAACCAUAUCAGGUGGCUCAGCUUCACUGCUGUGACUCCUUACUUGGGUACUGCGUUAGCUUUCCCCUUGGUUCUGGGCUCUCCUGGUGAGAUGGUCUGACACCUGGCAAAGGGACACUGCAAACACAGCAUCAGUCAGAACUGCAGUCACUCUUACAACAGUGACCCACCCAGCUCCAGCUUCUUUCACCAAUUUUGAAGUUUUUCUAAUAUUUGCUGCUGGUCCCUG